AUGCAGAUCGCCCAAUCAGAAGAACGAGCUCAACACUUGACAGAUCUAGCAGAGUACUUUACAGAGCACUAUCCCCAAUAUGGUCGGGGCGCUCACUACUUGCUUCAGCUUGCAGGGAAAAUUGCUGUGAAACGGCAACCUCCCACCAAAUUGCAAUGGCUCUUGUCAGGGCCCGCACCAGGUGCUCAGCGAGGGCAUGCCCGAUUGAACGAUCCUGAGCCACACAACAUUCGAAGGCUCAGGGUGACAGCUUCGAAAAACAUGGGCAAAUUCAUUGCUGACAAGUACAACAAGGAUGAGGGUACCCAGAAUCACUUUGCAAACGUUCAAGACUCAGUGAUGCUUGACUUCUUCAGUGUGCCUGAAGUGGCGCAGCGUGUGGCGUCCAAGGCGCCGCAAGGACCUCAGGUUCUGACCAAUGUGCCUGUGACAACCCGCAAGAACGUGUACAUACACCCAUGGCAUUUCGAUAUGAGCGAAGAGGCGAAGUUUGGCCCCGGAGGAAAGUGGCCAUCGACAGUGGCUAUCAGAAGUCAUUUUCCCUCCAUCAUUCAAAGGGGAUAUGAAAGCGAGAGGGAGGCCAUAGAGAUAAAGUUUGGGCAGAACUUGCACUCGAGUGGAAAGCAGCUGCCCAUGUUCAGUGUCCAGUUCAUAGACGGGCAUGCCAAAGCGGUGAUGAUUCUUGCUAUCUUUGCCCUUCUGGACCACAUGGGUGUGACGCCUUCCCAGAUCGCUGGUGAUGAUGAAAUGGUUGACCUGAUCGCUUCAUUGAAGUACGUGCGUGUGAACUAUGUUCACUUCACUUCCCCGGAGAUGUGCCUGUACGAAGCCCUCAGCUUGGCCAACCGGACUAGUGAGAAACAGCGACCUGGCCCCCUUGAGCUUACACUCUUCUUUAAGGCUGAUUCAGAAGCAGUGCGUGUGAAGCGCUUGGGAAGCAGGAAGUCGGCCAUUCGCGAUGUGUUGUUCAAUGCUGUCGCAGACUACAACCGGCAAUGCACAAACAAGGCAUGGCGCAUCAAGGAGGAUUUGAAAAAGGUCAUCUAUGCAAUCCUGCGAUGUCCAGCUGAACUUGUGGAUCUGAUGAAGGAAGCAGGUGAUCUUUACAAGUGGGAACAUGGAGCUUGGACCAUGGAAUCCCUAGCGGAUGACUACUUUGUGCCUGGCCACUGCCUCUGUCCCCCAACUGUGCUGGAUUCCUGGUGGCGAUCUGCCAAGGCAGGCAUGGGAUUGGGUUGCAAGUUGGGGCAGACUGUGACAUCUACUGCGACUGUGGUCUGGGCUAAGCGUGUGUAUGGCGACUUCACCAAAAAAGCUCCACCCGACGUGCCAGUGAAGCAGAAGAAAUUGGCCCAGCGUGAUGCAGCUGCGAUGCGGGAUCUCAUGGAGGUGUGCUGCUUGUGGGUGGCCAUCUACGAGCCAAUCAGGCUUCAUGUUGGUGAAGGUGCUGGCUUUGACAAGUUGGAAGAGAUGUUCUAUGAUGGGACUUUGGAUGGAGAACUUCGAGCCCAUUGCAAGACCUCGGAUCCCAGUUGGGACUGGCAAAAACUGUCCUUUGUCUUGGAACUGAAGGGGGCUGUCCAGGAUGAAGAGGUUUUGCGAGCUCAGUCCAAAAUCAAUUCAGCUCUUCAAUCGUCGCUUCAAGCUGGGUUCUCCUUGUUCGAAACCAAUUUGAGCAAUGAUCAAAUCCAGCACCGGAGUCCAGAUGCGACUACAGAUACUUCUGGAGUCAUGGAAGCGAGGCUCCAACCGUGGCUGGGCGAAUCCCUUCAAGGCCUGAAUGGGGGAGUCCGGCGAAUCGAGAAUGAGUGCAUCGUGGGAUUUUGCAAUUUGACCACUCAAGGAGUCUUGCCGGUUGACAAGCUGCACUUUGCCUUGCAACAAAUCACCACACUGGCCCAUUCCCACCCCAAGACUUUCAUUGCCCUCGUGUCUGAGGUCAAAGCGGAGGGCAGUGAUGAUGAGGCUGCUGGAGGACCCGACGAUGUGGAGGAGCCUGGAGAUGAGGAUGACGAAGACAUGGAUGGGGGCAAGAGCGCGACCUCUGAAACCAUCUUGCGUGACUUCAACUACAAGCUUCGCUGCAUGUUCAUGGCGCGAAACCGAAAUCUUCGAGAAGUGGUGCUGGUGACUGCCAAUGACCCAAAGAAUAUCGCCGACAAGUCUUCGCUCUGGAAGCAGGGAUUGGCAGUUGGAGUAUCCAUGCUGCCCAGACAGGAUAUGGUGAAACCAUGCAAGUCUGAAGGGAAAUGGGGUUCGGACUCCAGAUUCACCAAGGUGCAGGAAAUGAAGCAGGACUGGGGUUCAGAAACACCGGCAGUUCUUCUGGACUUGUUUGGCUUCGAUGGAUGGCCAGGGAGCGUUGCUGUGUCACAAGCAGCCAGGGGAAAGAAGAUUGCUUGCGCUACCAUUUGCCACAGCAAAGGCGAAGCGAACUAUGUAUCUUCCACCUUGGCCACCAAACUCUUCUCCAUGGCGCGCGCUGGUGAAUUUCAGAUACCUGCUUUUCCUGAUUUUGACUCUGCACUCAAUGAGCUGAAACAAUUUCAGAGGUCACCCCAGCCAGACUACCAAGUUUGUGUGGCUACUGCUGAUGGGGCUUUGGUGGUGAAGCAAACUUUGGUGGACUUUUGGACGGUGAAGCACACGUCCUUUGCUGACCAGAUGCAGAAGCUCCUGCAGGUCCACGACGAUGAGUUCAACACCAGAAAGUUGAAGCGUGGGGCAGAGGAGACAGAGGAUGCGCCAGAGGAAGAGCGGCCUACUAAGCGCCUUUGCCCGGGAACAAGCUCAAGCAUGGAAGAGUUGGAGACCAACCACCCUGACAGGACAUCCUUGAACGCUGGAUCCUUCGUCCUCUACCUGAGCGACAAAGAUGCUUCCUUGUGGAUUGGCUGCUCUGCGGCCGUUACUGUGGAGGCCAACACUGAGCUCUGGGGGUUUGGGUCUGGAGAUUUCGCCAAAGGAAGUGAAGGUGCCGACAUGAUGUCCGACACCUCGGCUGAAGGUCGCUGGUUGCUCUAUGGGUUGCAAUCUAGCGAUGAGCUCGUGAUUCUGGAGAAACAGCGGAAAACACCAGAACAUCUCGAAAGCGCGGGCUUCUUCAACAAGGUCAUCAGCUUGAAUGACCUCCUCAAGAGCUUGGAGGACAGUGGUGAAGUGAAUCUCCAGGUUGCGGAGCACAAGUUGGAGAAAGAUGGGGCAGGGAACUUCAAAAUCGAACCUCUUGGCGGUGUUUGCUUCAUCCUCGAUCCGUUGAAACCCAAGAAGAAAAAGGCUAAGGCUGCAAGCGCCUUGACUUUCGGUGCCAAAAUGGACCUUUCCAAGAUUCGCGUUUCGACCAGCAUUAAGAUCUUGUGGCGCUUAAGGCCUUGCUUUUGA